CCCAAAGUCUCCGGUCAACUCUUGCUCAUCGUCAUGCGCUCGUUUUCUUCUUUGCUGCUUCGCCACCAAUUCAAGCGUCGCCAUUCCAUUUUGCUCCUCCUCUAACAGAAACCCAACCCUCACCGAUCCUCGCAAAAAGAAGGAACAAAUCUUUCUUAGAGAGAGAGAGAGAGAGAGAGAGAGAGAGAUGAGGUGCGUCGCGGUGCUCGUGUGCCUCUCCGUCCUCCUCUGCGCGCUCGCACCGGCGACGCACGCCCUCGGCUUCCGCUGCACCUCCCAGCCUGAGGCCACUUGCCAGGCGCUGGUCGGCUACAAAUCCCCCAACACCACCACUGUCAAGUCCAUCCAGUCCCUCUUCGGCGUCAAGCACCUCCACUCCCUCCUCGCCGCCAACAACCUCAGCCCCACCGCCCCUCCCACCACCACCGUCCAGGCCCAAGACACCGUCAUCAUCCCCUUCACUUGCAGGUGCUCGAACGGGUCGGGUAUAUCGUACCCUGGCCCCGUGUACACAGUUCAGAAGGACGACGGCCUCUACUACAUCGCAUCGAUUGUGUUCUCGUACCUGCUGGUGUACCAGGACAUCCAGCUAGUGAACCACAUCGAGAACGCCAACCUCAUCAAAAUCGGGCAGCAGCUGCGGAUCCCGCUGCCGUGCAGCUGCGACCCAGUGGAUGGGCAGAGGGUGGUGCACUACGCCCACGUGGUGGCGGAGGGAAGCUCUGUGGAGGAGAUUGCCUGGAAGUUCGGCGUGCCGGAGCAGACCCUGCUGGACCUGAACGGGUUGGCCAACGCCAUCGAUCUCAUGGCCGACACGGCUUUCGACGUCCCUCUUGAAGCUUGUACCUCCAAGAUCAGUAACGGAUCGCUGGACGCCUCGCUGCUCGUGCCGAACGGCUCUUACGCCUUCACGGCCAACAACUGCGUGCAGUGCAGCUGUGAUUCCGUGAACAACUGGACAUUACAAUGCCAGCCCUCCAAGAUUGCGGCUUUGGGUGAUUCGACGUGCCCGUUGAUGCAGUGCCCGGGUGCCGAUAAUCUGACCAUCGGCAGCACGACCGUGACAAAUUGCGGCAGUGAGACGUGUUCUUAUGCCGGUUACACGAGCCAGAACACCAUCCUCACGACCCUCGACCUGAAAUCCACUUGUCCCGGUACGUGCUCCUUGCUAGCAUUUUUCAAGCGAUUAACUUUUAGUCCUCCGAUUUGUUUCGAGCGCUCCCUGUCCUAGGAUUUAGGUUUCUCCAAGAGGCCCUGAGAUCAAACGCGUAGACUACAUUCGAGCUAUGUAGACGGUAUGUCUGUAAGACGGGUGUCCCCUGCCGCUAACGAUCGACGAACUUUGUUUGGCUUCCGUCGACUUUAGCUGAUCUAGUCCGCGGUUAACUAGCAUGACAAGUCGAUCGAAAAGGUCAGAGACUGGUCGAGCGCGUGUCCUGAUGAAGUCCGAGUAGUUUUAAUGCCGAGAUCACACGCAUGUGCGCACCUGCUAUAGUGUCGGGCCGAAUCGUGUCGAGCGUCGCUGAUUUUGUCUACUUUGCUCGUCGCAUUCUUGGUCUCUGUACCCGGAAACUCACCCGAUGUAUAUCUGUUGUUGGUCGUU